AUGACAGACAAGAACGGUUUUGUCAGGGAUGAUAAAUCCUAUGAGUCAAUCCAGAAGCAGUAUGACUUUCUCGCCAUGCCGAAGAGCAAGUAUCAUGACCCGGAGCUUGCUGUGGCAGAACAGGAAGUGCUAGACCAGCUUUACCAGAUGCUGAGCUAUGACAUGUUUGGAAACACAAUUCGCGGUAACUUUAACGAGCACUUCGAAUCUAUCUUCCCUUACUGGAAUGACGGCCAGAUAGAAUUCAAGGAUCUUAAAAUCACCGCUCUCUCUCUCGAGACCAUGCCUACUCCACAAUGA